AUGCUGGUCAUGAUGAUGGGGAACCUGAUCAUCAUUCCUGUAGGAAUAACCUUCUUCUCGGAGCAGACCACCACCACCUGGCUAAUAUUCAACGUAGCAUCAGACACCAUCUUCCUCGUGGAUCUGGUCAUGAACUUUCGCACUGGAAUCGUCAACGAGGAGAGCUCCGAGAUCAUCCUGGACCCCAAGGUCAUCAAGAUGAACUACCUGAAGAGCUGGUUUGUGGUCGACUUCCUCUCGUCCAUACCAGUGGAUUAUAUAUUUCUAAUAGUGGAAAAGGGUUUUGACUCAGAGGUGUACAAGACGGCGAGGGCGCUGAGGAUCGUGAGGUUUACUAAGAUUCUGUCUCUUCUGAGGCUGCUGAGACUUUCCCGACUCAUCAGAUACAUACACCAGUGGGAAGAGGUAAGAGAUAUGUGGUGAGAGAGGGACAGGGAGAGAGAGAGAGAGAGAGAGAGAGAGAGAGAGAGAGAGAGAGAGAGAGAGAGAGAGAGAGAGAGAGAGAGAGAGAGAGAGAGAGAGAGAGAGAGAGAGAGAGAGAGAGAGAGAGAGAGAGAGAGAGAGAGAGAGAGAGAGAGAGAGAGAGAGAGAGAGAGAGAGAGAGAGAGAGAGAGAGUGUGUGAGUGUGUGUGUGUGAAAGAGACAGAAUGCCACAGCUCUGACUUCUGACAUUUAGGUUAAUGUGAGGAUUAAUGCAAGUCAUUCUUGGACAUCAGAGUUUAGAUAUGGGGUAAUGAAGUUUAAACAGAGGGAGGUAAAGAGAGAAAGAGCGAGAGAGAGGAGAGAAAGAGAGAUUGCCCUCCUAUUGAGUCAUUUCACUCCUCUGUGAGUCAUUCACUCCAUUUACCUAGCUGGCAUUGCUCUCCCUUUCAUACCUUUAUUUCGCUGAUUAAUCGAUAGAUCAACAUGAAUGUGCAAACUGUGCAAAAUAUGUUAACUUGCCAGAAAUCUGAUCUGAUUUGAUGCUCCCAUAGUGAGGUUUGGAAAAGCCGGAAAUGCUGUGCCAAUAGGCUUUGUGUACAUACAUUAUUGCAUUUCAAACCUCUCUUGCACCAUGGGCAAGUAUCAAUGACUCCUGUGCUUAUUACUACAUAAAUAUCCCAACUAUUGUCAUUACAUUGGAUUACAAAUGUAGCCUAAUGUUGCAUUCAAUUACAUUUGCCGUUGCAUUGGAUCCUAGAUUUAAUGUUGUAUUAGAUGGAGAUAAGAUUUAAUCAGACUACUUGAUUGAAUAUUUUGUCUGUCAAGAUAAAGGCUGAGCUUGACAUAACAACCUAAUAUUACUUAUGAUGCUGCAUUGAUGAUUGCAUUUAAAGAAUAUAAUGGUCCUGUAGCUCCUACUGCUCUCCGUAUGUGUCUACCGCUCCACUUCCUCUGCAGUCUACAUUUACAUUUUAGUAAUUUAGCAGAUGCUCUUAUCCAGAGCCACUUACAGAAUUGAGGGCAUACAUUUUCAUACUUUUUCAUACUGGUCCCCCGUGGGAAUCUAUCCCACAACCCUGGCAUUGCAAGCACCAUGCUCUACCAACUGAGCCACACGGGGCCCCUCUUCCUGUUCUCCUCGCAGCUGUUUACUCAGCAAUGACAGAACUAUUUUCCUUCCCUUAACAAUGAAGAGUUGAAUUAUCAUAACACGAUAAUUUUGUUCCAAUAAGGUACAGCUGCUCUCAUGCCCCCACUGUACAACUUUCCCCUGUAACCAGAGUUCCCAGCUUAAUACUGUCAUAUUGCUGUUAGCAGAGUUGCUGUAAAAUAUUUUACAGUACUAUUUUCCUUACUGUAAAACAUAUUACAGCAUCUCUGCUGUACAUUUACAGGGAUGAUGUAAUGUUUUACAGUAAGGAAAAUAGUACUGUGAAAUACACUAUAUAUGCAAAAGCGUGUGGACACCCCUUCAAAUGAGUGGAUUCGACUAUUUCAACAGUUGCUGACAGGUGUAUAAAAUCGAGCACACAGCUGUCGUGACGUGACUUACUUUAAUGUAUGACUGUUAUUUAUCGAAUUAACUAACUAUGUUUAAUUGUCACUCGAUUAAAUUAAUCAUGUAACAAUUAACUCAUUAGGAAUUUGGGGCACCAUGGAGAAGUUGUUUAACAAGUUACCAUCUCCCGUAUUAAACUCUUAUAUAUAGUGGUGUGAAAAAGUGUUUGCCCCCUUCCUGAUUUGUUAUUUGUUUGCAUGUUUGUCACACUUAAAUGUUUCAGAUCAUCAAACAAAUUUAAAUAUUAGUCAAAGAUAACACAAGGAAACAUAAAAUGCAGUUUUGAAAUGAAGGUUGUUAUUAUUAAGGGAAAACAAAAUCCAAACCUACAUGGCCCUGUGUGAAAAAGUGUUUGCCCCCCCUGUUAUAUCACAACUCAACUGUGGUUUAUCUUACCUGAGUUCAAUUCCUCUAGCCACACCCAGACCUGAUUACUGCCACACCUGUUCUCAAUCAAGGAAUCACUUAAAUAGGACCUGCCUGACAAAGUGAAGUAGACCAAAAGAUCCUCAAAAGCUAGACAUCAUGCCGAGAUCCAAAGAAAUUUAGGAACAAAUUAGAAAGAAAGUAAUUGAGAUCCAGAUCAGUCUGGAAAAGGUUAUAAAGCCAUUUCUAAAGCUUUGGGACUCCAGCGAACCACAGUGAGAGCCAUUAUCCACAAAUGGCGAAAACAUGGAACAGUGGUGAACCUUCCUAGGAGUGGCCGGCCGACUAAAAUUACCCCAAGAGCGCAGCGACGACUCAUCCAAGAGGUCACAAAAGACCCCACAACAACAUCCAAAGAGCUGCAGGCCUCCCUUGCCUCAGUUAAGGUCAGUGUUCAUGACUCCACCAUAAGAAAGAGACUGUGCAAAAAUGGCCUGCAUGGCAGAGUUCCAAGACGAAAACCACUGCUGAGCAAAAAUAACAUUAAGGCUCGUCUCAUUUUUGCCAGAAAACAUCUUGAUGAUCCCCAAGACCUUUGGGAAAAUACUCUGUGGACUGACGAGACAAAAGUUGAACUUUUUGGAAGGUGUGUGUCCCAUUACAUCUGGCGUAAAAGUAACACCACAUUUCAGAAAAAGAACAUCAUACCAACAGUAAAAUAUGGUGGUGGUAGUGUGAUGGUCUGGGCCUGUUUUGCUGCUUCAGGACCUGGAAGACUUUGUGUGAUAAAUGGAACCAUGAAUUCUGCUGUCUACCAAAAAAUCCCGAAGGAGAAUGUCCGGCCAUAUGUUUGUGACCUCAAGCUGAAGCGAACUUGGGUUCUGCAGCAGGACAAUGAUCCAAAACACACCAGCAAGUCCACUUCUGAAUGGCUGAAGAAAAACAAAAUGAAGACUUUGGAGUGGCCUAGUCAAAGUCCUGACCUGAAUCCUAUUGAGAUGCUGUGGCAUGACCUUAAAAAGGCAGUUCAUGCUCGAAAACCCUCCAAUGUGGCUGAAUUACAACAAUUCUGCAAAGAUGAGGGGGCCAAAAUUCCUCCACACCGCUGUGAAAGACUCAUUGCAAGUUAUUGCAAACGCUUGAUUGCAGUUGUUGCUGCUAAGGGUGGCCCAACCAGUUAUUAGGUUGUAGGGGGCAAUCACUUUUUCACACAGGGCCAUGUGGGCUUGGAUUUUGUUUUCCCUUAAUAAUAACAACCUUCAUUUCAAAACUGCAUUUUGUGUUUACGUGUGUUAUCUUUGACUAAUAUUAAAAUUUGUUUGAUGAUCUGACACAUUUAAGUAUGACAAACAUGCAAACAAAUAAGAAAUCAGGAAGGAGGCAAACACUUUUUCACAUCACUGUAUGUUAUAUACAGUGGGGAGAACAAGUAUUUGAUACACUGCCGAUUUUGCAGGUUUUCCUGCAAAAGGUUGGAGUCUGUUUGAUUGAGUGUGUGGACAGGUGUCUUUUAUACAGGUAACGAGUUUAAACAUGUGCAGUUAAUACAGGUAAUGAGUGGAGAACAGGAGGGAUUCUUAAAGAAAAACUAACAGGUCUGUGAGAGCCGGAAUUCUUACUGGUUGGUACGUGAUCAAAUACUUAUGUCAUGCAAUAAAAUGCAAAUUAAUUACUUAAAAAUCAUACAAUGUGAUUUUCUGGAUUUUUGUUUUAGAUUCUGUCUCUCACAGUUGAAGUGUACCUAUGAUAAAAAUUACAGACCUCUACAUGCUUUGUAAGUAGGACAACCUGCAAAAUCGGCAGUGUAUCAAAUACUUGUUCUCCCCACUGUAUAUCGAUAACAGUAACUUAUUAAUUAAUUACCUCUUAUCAGUCUCAUUCUGAACGUCGCAAAAUCCUUGAACCUGCAAGAAUCCUAACCUUAUUGAUGAAUCAGCAAUACACAAAUUGGCUUACUUAUUUAUUUACUAACUAAAUAAUAACACAAUACAAACACAACGUAAUACAAUGAAAACAGGUCCCUAGUGGACUGGACUAACAAUAGCAUGAAUGCUUGGGUAGAAUGAGGGUCAGAGUGGAAGGGAGAGACAGAGGUUCAAACUAUCGUGGUUACUUUGGAAACUACGCUACACGGACAUACAAAUGCUUAAAACCCCACUAAACGCUAAUUCGGAUUAGAAAUGCAACAUGUAUUUACGUGUAGCUGUCCUCGAUAGUUGAGUUGAUGAUGUAGAACUCUGGUUUGCUCACCAGAGAUCCCAAUGUACUUGGUAGAGUUUCUGGUCGUAUUGGUGGUUAGAAUGGAUACGUCAGAUGUACCAGAGGUUGUCUGAGAGGGAUUGUCCUCUCUCGUGUCUUUAGUGAAAGUUCUCUAGACGACUAUACAUGCCAGCUGCAGACUGAAAUGAUAAGGUCUAGUGCAUUGUCUUCUUCUUCACCUUGUGUAGAGGUUGAGAGUUUCAGAGUUUCUCCAUUUCAAAUGUGUGGACUCACAUGUUCUGGUCUUUCUUGUCUAACCAUUUUGUAAGGUGUAGCUUCACGCUUCUUGGUCUUGUAGAAAUUCAACCAUUUGCAUCAUCCGGCUUAUACCGUAGUAUGCUUGGUCUUCCUUUGGUAAUGGAGUUGUAGUUUUAAACCAUUUUGUAACAUUUAGCUCACACUUCACGUCUGCUGGUCUUGUAGAGUGUCAACCAUUUCAAGCCGUGGGCUUCCUGGUCUGGUAGAAAUUCAACCGUUUGCAACGUUUAGCUCACGCUUCACGUCUGCUGGUCUGAGGUGAAUUUCGUCACAAGGCUUUUUAUGCACUCGGGGUAAAAGGGGCGUUCCAUCAUGUUUGUACUCAUCUGGGAAUGGCCACUGACUGAGAACAAAUCAAUAUGGAAAACAAUCAUCAUCUGGAAUGCUAAAAUCACAUUGUUAUCUUCACAAAAGUAUUAUUAUACUUAAUCAUUCAUUUUAUACAACAAUUAGAUGCAAACCUCAUAACUGGGAAGUUUACCCCCCCCCCAGAGAUACAGUUAUGUUGUUCCACCGUCUUUAAUGACAUCACAACAUAGUAACGAAUUUGACAUGAUUAUACUUUAAGCCCCCACCAACCAUUUCCCACACUCUUUUAAGUAGGACUAUUGCUUCAUUAUCCACUUUUGGAUGUUGGAGUCUUGGCAGGAAGACUUCCUUUGUUAACAAAGGGGUCCUUUCUCCCAAUACUUCAUGGCAAGGAAUAGAAAGUCUGCACGGUAUAAUCGACCGGUCAUAAAACUGGCCCCCAGGAAAGGGGGUGUUCAAACCUUUGCCUGGCCGGCAUGUUUGAUCCUCAACCCAUGAGGGCAAGUCAUGACACAGCCUUGCAAUCUCCAUAUACAAACAUUGGCAGUAGAAUGGCCCGUACUGAAGAGGUCAGUGACUUUCAACAUGGCACCGUCAUAGGAUGCCACCUUCCCAACAAGUCAGUUUUCUGCCCUGCUAGAGCUGCCCCGGUCAACUCUAAGUGCUUUUAUUGUGAAGUGGAAACGUCUAGGAGCAACAACGGCUCAGCCGCAAAGUGGUAGGCCACACAAGCUCACAAAACGUGACCGCAUAGCGCGUAAAAAUAGUCUGUCCUCGGUUGCAACACUCACUACCGAGUUCCAAACUGCUUCUGGAAGCAACGUCAGCACAAUAACUGUUCGUCGGGAGCUUCAUGUAAUGGGUUUCCAUGGCAGUGCAGCCACACAAGCCUAAGAUUACCAUGCGCAAUGCCAAGCGUCGGCUGGAGUGGUGUAAAGCUCACCACCAUUGGACUCUGGAGCAGUAGAAACAUGUUCUCUGGAGUGAUGAAACACGCUUCAUCAUCUGGGUUUGGCGGAUGCCAGGAGAACGCUACCUGCCCGAAUGCACAGUGCUGUUUUUCUUGGUUUGGGCUAGACCCCUUAGUUCCAGUGAAGGGAAAUCUUAAUGCUACAGCAUACGAUGACAUUCUAAACAAUUUUGUGCUUCCAACUUUGUGGCAACAGUUUGGGGAAGGCCCUUUCCUGUUUCAACAUGAUAAUGCCCCCGUGCACAAAGCGAGGUCCAUACAGAAAUGGUUUGUCGAGAUCGAUGUGGAAGAACUUGACUGGCCUGCACAGAGCCCUGACCUCAACCCCAUCGAACACCUUUGGGAUUAAUUGAAAUGCCGACUGCAAGCCAGGCCUAAUCGCCCAACAUCAGUGUCCGACCUCACUAAUGCUCUUGUGGCUGAAUGGAAGCAAGUCCUCACAGCAAUGUUCCAACAUCUAGUGGAAAGCCUUCCCAAAAGAGUAGAGGCUGUUACAGCAGCAAAGGGUGGACCAACUCGAUAUUAAUGCCCAUGAUUUUGGAAUGAGAUGUUCGACAAGCAGGUGUCCACAUACUUUUAGUCAUGUAGUGUAUAUUACAGCAUCUCUGCUGUAAUGCAAAAUUAUAGUAUUAAGAUGAAAUUCUCCCUGAAAUCUAAAUGUAAUAAAAACAAUACUUUUGUACAUAAAAUAAAAAUAAAUAAAAGUUGGUAACAACAGAAUUGACAAUUGAAGUAACAACAGUUAACACAAAUGGUAUGUAACCAAAUAAGAGCAUCAUUACAACACUAAUUUAAAAACUACAUUGUGUGCCUGUGUGUGUGGGGUGUGGGGCAGAAAGACACAAAGAGAGAGAGAGGGAGUUAAAAUUGGGCCAACUCUAUUCGGGGUAAUGGGGUUGAGAGGCAGUGAAACACAGAACAGCACAGUUUGGGCAGGAGAGCAUCCAGGAGAGUGAAGUCAGCGCAGCAUCAGGUUUUCCUCAUGCGGCUCCGGAAUAAUCCAGGUUACAAGGGACAUAUCAAGAUGGUGUCUUGUGUGUGCGUUUUUGUUUGUGUGCUUACCACACUAGAGGUCUUAAUUCAAACUCAGUGAGCUCUUGGAAGAAUGGGGCAAUGAAGGGAUUGAGAACAGCUGGCUUCCUUAGAGCACGCAGGACCCCCUACCGGCAAACGAUGAACUGAAAACUCGAAAAAGUCAUUUUUCAACAAGCCUCUUGUUCACAUUUCGUUAACCAUAGGGGGCUUAUUGGAGCUGUUUUUUGUGACUGAGACUUGUAAAUGUGUGCUUUAAGCAAUGUACAUUUGUUGAUUGCUAGGCAUACAAAUUCAAUUAUUUCUUGAUACAUUUGAAACGAGGUAUAGUUGUGGCCAGACUAGAUUGUGAACGACUCUUGGCAGAAUGCACUGCUAUUUUUGAACGACUCUUUUUACUGACUCGAGAGUCAUGAUUUGUUUUUCUGAGUGACUCGUUCAAUUUAGUCCUUCGUUUGACCUGCUAAUGCUGGCCGCAAUGAGUCCUACAGCAGGAUUAAUACACACUCCUCUAGCUCAGCGGCUCCAGAGACGUUCUCUGACCACCAAUUCUACAGUGUUUUACUGUUGAGAUUACAGAAAAGUCUUACAGUGCCCCUCUCUCUGAGCCAGACCUUUGAGUGUUUGCUUUAGUCUGCCUGGAGUGCCAGAUGGGUGGGAUUUACAUUUGCAGGACUAUUCUAUUGGUCCAUUAAGCCAGGCAAGCUCAAUAAAGCAGACCAGCUACUGUAGACUUGCAGGCACAAACUGUAGCACCUGUGCCGUUGCCAAGGUCUAACCUCUGGAUAGUUCAUCUCUGGCAUAGGCCGAUUUGAAAAGAUCUUUCCCAUCGCUGGCUGCAUGCUUUUGGGCAUACUAAAUAUUUUCAUGGAGCCAAUACACAUGUAGUCCACACACAUCCAGUUUGCACAGCUGUGUUGUUCCUGGGAUAGGAACAACGUGUCAUGGUAGAGGAAGUUAGAGACAGGAAAUCAUAUAUUCCAUGGUUUUACACAGAUGGUUGAUAAUACAAAUAUAAAACAAAACUGCAGUGACAAGAAAUCUGUAUGAUCUGUCACAAUAGAUACAGGAUGGAUACUGCUUACGGCAGUUUCUCCUCAGUUCUGAGUCUCUCUCUCUCUCUCUCUCUCUCUCUCUCAAGUUGUUACUUCUCUGCUCACACAGCUUUGUUUCGCACUGUAUGGAAUACAUAGUUAUUUUGGUGUAACCAAACGAAAUAAAUAGAUUAAUAAACCGUGAGUGAAAGAAAGUGACACACAGUAUCCAACCCUAUAUGCAGCUAGUCAGUGAGAGGGAAAGGCAAUGGGCACUCAGUUAGUCACACACCAAACUGUUGCAGCGCGUUAGCAGUACUACAGCACAUUAUCACAACAAGGGAAGGACAAACACAGUCCUCUGCUGUCAUAAUGUCCCUAACACUGCAGUCUAUCAUUAAAUUAGCCCUUUCUGUUGGAUAAGGGAGAUCUGCUGCGGCUGCAGCCGGGUCCCACUGCAGCCAGGGCCUACUGCAGUCUGGAGCUGCUGUCUCCAGCAUUCCUGACAUUCCUUCAGCCUGGCUCUUCCAUCAGUCCCCUCCCUCCCUAUGCUGUCACAGACCGAGACAGUGGCAGCUCUUCCAUCAGUCCCCUUCCUCCCUCUUAA